AUGAUGCUGACGUUGUGGUCGACAUUGUGCUUGAUGUGCCUGUUUGCUUCUACAAGAGGACAGAGCUCAUGUGGAGGCAAACUAGAUUUAGUAUUCCUCCUCGACGAAUCGGAAAGUCUCGGCAUCUCCAGUUUUCAAAACAGCAAGAACUUUAUCAAGAUGGUGGCAAACAGGUUUAAAAUCGGCAGCAACGACAUCCAGGUUGGCCUUGACACCUUUGGUAGCAAGCCACGGAGACGGUUUAGUCUCCGACAGUACUCGACGUGGCACCAGAUUACCGCGGCAAUCGACAACAUCAUCUACCUCGGCAGCGGCACGAACACAGCUGCUGCUCUGGAGUUUGUGAGGACGAAUAGUUUCAGCAAAUACUCGGGGGCGAGGGACGGCGUACCCAAGGUUGCUGUCGUCGUCACAGAUGGAUCGUCCUGGGAUGGAGCCGCCACGCGCGUGCAGGCGCAAAGGGCUAAACACGCCGGGAUUACGAUACUGGCCGUGAGGGUUGGUUCCAACGUGGACGUCACUCAACUCAACGCCAUCGCCAGCAACCCAGGAUUCGUUUUCAGCGCCAACGCGUUUCAAGUUGCGAGCGCUAUACAGAAUUUAGUGGCUAAAAAACCGUGUAACGCUCAAAGAUUGUGCGGCCAUGCGGCCCUCCCAGUUCAAGAGAGAAUAGCAAACGGACGUCCCAACGGGCGCUGUGAGUGGCCGUGGAUGGUGUCGGUCCGGGACAAGAUGUCGCCCACAGACAAACAGUGUGGCGGCGUCAUCGUCGACAGGAACAAGGUCAUCACCACGGCAGACUGCGCGCGAAGGAUGACGUCGGGAAUUGAAGUGGUGAUUGGAGAAAACAACAUCUACAAGGAAAACGAACCUCUGAUAUCGUCCCUUGUGGAGAAGAUCAUCGCGGUCAACAGCAUCAUUCGUGACCCUCGGGGAAAUAACAUCGUCGUGUUGAAACUCAGAGAAAAUAUCGAGUACAGUGCAUGCGCACUUCCAGUUUGUCUCCCCGAUGUACUUCCGGAAGAGGACUUUUACACGCAAGCAUCCAUCACGCAACAGUGUACUAUGGCUGGAUGGGGAUCACCUGACAAUUCAAACAAAAGAUCGAAACGUCUACGAACUGCAAGCGCCCAGUUUUUAGGCAGUUCUGUCUGUAAGACAAUACUAUCGUACAUAGGUCAGAGUACGCUACCACAGAACACGGCGUGUGUGCAACCACUCAUUAGUGCCAACACCCCCUGUGAGAAUGAUGACGGGGGUAUGGUGGUAUGUUCUCGCCGUGGUCGGUGGAUACUCCAGGGUCUCAUCACUGCACCGGUCUGUUCGAACGCUUUUCCGAGUCUGAUUCUUGACAUCACCAGUGAGACAAUCCAAGAGUUCAUAAAUAACGCAUAAGACAUUUGUGACGUCGUCAGUUUGACUAGUGGAUCAUGUAAUGUGCGUU